UGGGCAUGGGCGUGCACUCUGACGACCAGACAAGAGCGCUUGGCACCUCACCUUAUCCAGCUCCAGAAUCCCAGCCACCCAAUCACAAUCCAGAGCAAACGGAAGCGGCAGAAGCUCCAACGGUCUGAGCCCUCACAAGCUUGAUUCCUCUCCUUCCCUGAGCUCCCGCGGCGGCAAUGGAGACCCUCCUCUCCCCAUCCACAUUGUUCAUCCCUCUCCGUAGCUCCAAGAGACCAGCCCUCGUUAGCGCGUCGUCCAGGUCCACCGUCUCCUGCGCGUUCAAUAAGCAGCAGGCCGCCGUCGCUGCUUCCCAUGGAGACGGCGUCGGCGUCAGGAGCUGGGUGUCGUUCUUGCACCACGGCCUGGCGGCUGCGGCGCUGUCGCUGGCCAUCAGCCUGGCCCCGGCGCCCUCCCCCGCGGCGGCGUCGGAGUUCGACGUGCUCAACGACGGCCCCCCCGUCGACUCCUACGUGGUGGACGACGCCGGCGUGCUGAGCCGCGUGACCAAGUCCGACGUUAAGCGGCUCGCCGGUGACAUCGAGGCCCGCAAGAACAUCCGCCUGAACUUCGUCACCGUCCGCAAGCUCACGAGCAAAGCUGACGCGUUCGAGUACGCGGACCAAGUGCUGGAGAAGUGGUACCCGACGAUUGAGGUGGGCAGCAACAAGGGCAUCGUCGUGCUCGUCACCAGCCAGAAGGAGGGCGCCAUCACCGGCGGCCCCGCCUUCGUGCAGGCCGUCGGCGACCAGAUCCUCGACGCCACCGUCUCCGAGAACCUACCAGUACUAGCGACGGACGAGAAGUACAAUGAGGCGAUCUUGAGCACGGCGAAGCGGCUCGCGGCGGCGAUCGACGGGCUGCCGGACCCCGGGGGGCCAUCGUUCAAGGAGAACAAGCGGGAGUCCAACUUCAAGACCAAGGAGCAGACGGAGGAGAAGCGUGGGCAGUUCACGCUCGUCGUCGGCGGCCUGCUCGUCAUCGCCUUCGUCGUGCCCAUGGCGCAGUACUACGCCUACAUCUCCAAGAAAUGAGUAGCGUGCUGCCAUGCGUGUACAGUAAAUUCAUACUGAAGAGGAAAAAUCAAGGCAUCUCCCAGGUUUUCUGCUGGAAUUUUUAGAAGUGAACAGAGAACCAUUAAUACAGGUGCACACCCGUGCCGGUUAAUACAGGUGCACAUAUCUGUGUUUACUGGAUUCAUCAGAUGCAAAUCAAUAGUUCAUUA